CGCAGCUUGGUGUACACAGCGCCAACUUCAGGAGGAAAAUCGCUAGUGGCUGACAUUCUGAUGAUGCGUCGACUACUUUACCAAGGGAAACGAGCCUUGGUUUUGUUGUUAUGUUCUUCAUUUAAGUAGUUAGUUUUAUUUUCGCACAUCAUUUAUUUUCCUGACUACAAGCAAGAACUUGUGGAGGUAGCGGUCAUAUGCAGUACCUGUAAAAUCAUGCAGCGCGGUCUUCAAAUGAAGACUAUUUACUAGAUGAUUUGGAUAUUGGCCUGCUGGGUGACGAAUAUUACGAAAAGGUCAACGAUGAAUUCUUUCAUUAUCUAAAAUCCCCCUUCGUCUCCAUUUGCAACGAGAAAGUAACGGCUCUACAGCGUGUCUGGGGUGAGAUUGUGCGAGUACAGGGCUUUUUCGGACCUAACCAAAGCGGAAACUGGCAUCCCAGUGUAGACGUUGCCGUUUGUACCUACGAAAAAGCCAAUGUCUUGAUCAGUAAGUGGAUCGAGGAAGACACGUUGGGACAAAUUGGAACGCUCGUUAUUUUAAGGCCUCUCGCAGCUCUAACCCAUCUUCACACAUUUUUUGAAAAUCUGAUCCAUCUCCACAUGAUCGUCGUCCCGAAGCAUUUUCAUCAAAGCUUCUGGUGAGGCUGUCUCAUAUUAAGAGUACUAAACUACUAAAACCAUAACCAUAAGAGUACUAAACCUAAAACCAUAUCAGAACUUGUCUCUACGGGUGCUAUGGACAACACUACCAGGGACGUACACAUGAGAUGAUGCAUCAUGAUGAACCACCCCGCCAAAGUAGACCAUUUUUAGGGUCGGAUGUCCUCGGUCGUGAGCUCCAAUCACAGACGAACUACAUAUGGUUUCGGAUCCCGACCGAGGAUAUAUCCUCGAGCUGAUUCUCACAAAAGUUCGAUUGUAUCAGAGAAGAUACGAGAAGUUGAAGGCACUCGCUGCCAGAACAAACCGAGAUAUGGAGAUCUUGGAUGUGAAGAACUCUUCGAUUUAUGAGGAGAAGAACAACAGCAGGAUGAUUACUCAUACUCAUGCUUCAUCUCAAGUACAAGCUCAAAAACCUCCUUUGCAACUAUAUUCCAGCUUUCACGUAAUCGACAUUAGAUUAAUAAUGAGCCUUGUUCUACCAUGAUUGUUGACGAGUAUGAGAAGUAAUGAUUCAAUAUUGUUGUCUUUUCAUACUUCGGCAAAUACAGUCACUCCGUUUGAGGCAACCCGCGACGUGGACUUGCAGAUAAUCGGCUUAUCAGCUACACUGCCAGAUGUUCCGACUAUUGCGCAAUGGUUAGGUGCAGGACUUUACGAGACGAAGUUCAGACCCGUUUCCCUCGGUUACAAGGUGCAGUUCAACAAGAGGGUCUACUCCUUUGAUGGCAGUGAUAUCGAGGCAUAUAAGAAUCGAAGUACCGCUUUUCUUGCUUCGAAUGUUGCACAUGAGAAGAGGCCGCGAGAUGAAGGUCAAGAUGGUGGAAGCGAAACGUCAGAUCUUCAGAAGCGCAGACGCCUUGACAUGACAGGAGAACCUGCUGUUGGUGAUGAAGCGGGAGCAGUGGACGAGAAUCAAGCUAAGAACACAACAACCUCAGCGACGACUGGUAAGGUUGUUGUACGAGGGCUCUUUAUUCCAGCAGCCGCGACCUCUGGAAUUGGUGAAACUGAUAUAGUUAAAAAUAUCGCACCAGCAGAAGCAGAACGCCUCGGCGAAGGGACUGCCUCCGAUAGCACCCGACAACAAGCAAAACCAAAAUCAAACCUCGAGCAAAGAGUGGUUUAUCCGACCAAGCUUUUCGCUUCCCCUCCAAAAACAGGAGGUACGCAUGGCCGCAUUUUAUCGAACCUCCCUCCUUUGACAAGCGCGACAACAGCAGGCCCUUCAGGUGGGGGUCCUGCGUCACUGGUAAUACAACAAGGACAACAUCAAGAUCACGUAUCAUCUCCAGACUUAUUUUUAGCCUUUUCCAAGGAAGGAGUAACAGGGAAGGCUCUCGAUCUGCUUUUCCAGAGGGAUACAGACGGCGUUUCCACCUGCAUUUUCGAAGCCAUGUGUAAAAAUGAGUCGACCUUAUCCUUCUGUUCUUCCAAGAACUGGUGUGAAUCUCAAGCAUUGAAGAUUGCUGAAAAUGUAAGAGAACACGUUUUGCCGAAUAAGACGCCUACGACUACCACAGGAGAACUACAACAGCCGGAGAAUAUCCUCGAUGCUAUGGAAAUGGCGCUAUUGGAGUAUGAGGAAAGGUGUCGCGAAGGGAUCCGCAAAUACGAAGCAGAUCUCAAAGUUGUGUCUGCUUUGGCCGAGAAGCAAGGUGAUAAUUAAGGCUACCGCUGAAGCAUCUGCAUCCUCAAAACGAUUCUUGGCCCUUUGUUUCUUUUGCCAUUUGAAAAAGGGCCAAGGUUGGUUGUAGUCACAGGUGCAAACGUGGUUGCUCUAAGAUGAAGGUAGGGCACGAAGCUACACCAUACAGACUUUCACGGAUGCCGGUGACUGCAGUAUGUCACCCCAGAACCAAGCUGCUCUAGAAGCCUUAGUUUUGGGCAAAGUGCAUGGGAGUGACGCGCAUAGACUGAAUAACUUUCCGAAAUCGCCGAAAUUGAGGCAAAAACUCGGCAUUAUAUUCGAGGACGUGGAAGGUGAGGAGAACGAUGCGCCCGCAAACGACGCAGCAGAUUUGGCUUUAGGGUCUGGAGGUGUGAAUGGAGUAGACAAAGAAGAACUACGCGCUCAUAUUCGCUCUUGUAUCUCAUGCCUACCACCUGAGCCAGGCAUCGUGAGACUAGUCGCCAAUGCCUCCUACGGGACAACAAGUUCAAGGACUAGUAGAACGCAGAAAAACUACAUCAACACUUCUACAACUUCUUCUUUCUCUUCUUCACCAUCUGCAUCUUCUCCCACAUCAAGAGCAUCCGCCGCUGCGCAACAGCUGUUGUUAGAGAAGAUUCAAUCCCGCGUCGCCGCUGGACGGUUGUUGUUUGCGCGUCGUCGAGUAUUAUUGAACAAGCUGCGGAAGUGCGCCGCGGGUUUGGAUGACACCUUGGCUCAGACCAUUCCUUUUGGCGUCGCUUAUCAUCAUGCUGGUCUGCUAGUGGAAGAGCGAGCGAUAUUAGAGCAUGCCUUUCGGGAACGCACAAUCUUAACCUUCUGCUGUACGACGACUCUGGCAGCGGGUGUAAACUUGCCGUGUAGAAGAGUGUUGCUUACGAUGGAUGUUGAAUCUACUGUGUUAAUGAUAAUGAAGCGUUAACGACGAAAUAAUUUGACCAGAUUAUAAUCUACUUAAGUACGUUGAUUCUUCUACUUGAUCUUCAACGAAUUGAUAAUUACAACUUCCGUCUUCAAAGCGAAAGAUUUGAUUAAUACCACAGGCACACCCAGGAUGCACUUUCUAAUCUCCUACGAAGCACCAGAACGGGACCGGCGACGGUAGAACUAUCACGAUUCCUGCAAAUUGUAGGGCGCGCGGGUCGUGCUGGCUACGACGAUGCAGGAGAGUGUAUAGUGUGGGCACAAGACAAACGGGAGCUCAAGGUCGUCACGGAGCUGCUCACAGGAACGCUUCCGCCUUUGGAGUCAGCCUUAACUGGU